AUGAUCUUGCUCCUCUUCUUGUUCGGUCUGGCUCUGGGUGCUCCUUCUGAGUCUCCUACUGAUGACAAUGAAGUGAAGCUCCAACUUGAUAACCAGCGAUUCAAGCUACUGCGUGGAAACUGUCCCCCAUUCUGGUGGUACUUCAACAACCGUUGCUAUAAGUAUGUAGCUACACCAAUGAGCUGGGCUAAUGCAGAGUUCCACUGUUUGUCACAGGGAGCCAACCUGGUGUCCAUCCAAACCAGUGAUGAAGAGAGUUUUGUCAGAUCCCUGAUCGGGAACUCUGACCCUACUCAGGCACCCACCUGGAUUGGACUCAGUGACAUCCACAUGGAGGGCAGAUGGAUGUGGUCUGAUGGCUCUGUGGUGCAUUAUUCUAACUGGCUUGCAGGCGAGCCAAACAACCUGGAAAAAAACGAACACUGUGUACUAAACAACUUUGGUUCUGUUAAGAAGUGGAAUGACGUCCCAUGCGCUCUUGGUUAUCCCUCUGUUUGUGUAAAACGCAAUGCCUGUGUUUAG